CAGGGUAUUGGUGGUGAAGGCUAACAUUUAAUUUACUCAUCAAGAGGCACUAUCAACUGAUUUAGACCCGCAAAUUGACAUGAGUUGUUGCUUCUUUGGCGCCCGGAAAAAGGGUCAUGAUCUCGUUCACCAUGAUACAACAGAUACAGGAGGUGACUCCAUUGCAAGCACAAAGAAUUUUUCAUUUAAUGAAUUAAGAUUAGCAACCAAUAACUUCCAUCAAAUUAAUAAAAUAGGGCGAGGCGGUUUUGGCACAGUAUACAAGGGAACUCUAAAACAAGGAAAAGAAGUUGCAGUGAAGACACUUGCAGCAGAAUCAAAGCAGGGUUUGCGGGAGUUUUUGACAGAAAUUGAGACAAUAUCAAAUGUCAAACAUCCAAAUCUAGUUGAGAUAAUUGGAUGCUGUGCUGAUGGAAAUAACCGGAUUUUGGUCUAUGAAUAUUUAGAAAAUAGAAGCCUUGAUCAAGCACUGUUUGGUUCAAGGACUAGUAUUAAGUUAGAAUGGGAAAAAAGGACUACUAUUUGCUUGGGUACCGCUCGAGGUCUUGCAUAUCUACAUGAAGAACUAGUGCCACAUAUAGUGCACAGGGACAUAAAAGCUAGUAAUAUUCUUCUUGACAAGGAUUAUACACCAAAAAUUGGAGAUUUUGGGCUUGCCAAACUUUUCCCAGAUAACAUCACUCAUAUCAGCACAAAGAUAGCAGGAACAACUGGCUAUCUGGCACCUGAAUAUGUAUUAGGCGGACAAUUAACGAUGAAGGCUGAUGUUUACAGUUUUGGGGUCCUAAUACUGGAAGCAGUUAGUGGCAAGAGCAGCAGCAGCAGAAUUUGGCAAGGUGAUAAGAGGUCACUUCUUGAAUGGUCCUGGCGGCUCUAUCAAGAGGAAAAACUAUUGGAGUUGGUGGAUGAAGAACUGGAUGAUUUCCCGGAAAAAGAAGUCAUCAGGUACAUAAAGAUAGCUCUCUUUUGCACACAAGCAAAUGCAAACAGAAGACCAAUGAUGAGCCAGGUUAUUGAGAUGCUUUCAAGAGAUAUCCAGCUAAAUGAGAAAGAACUUACACCGCCUGGUUUCUUCGAAGAUUCUGAAGACAGCACGCGAUCAAAAUUGAAGAUGUCUGAAUGCAUUACUAGUCAACAAAGUUCUGUACACAUCACAAUCACCCAGGUGACACCUAGAUAAUCAUCCUUGGUGACCGGCACUUGAAUCAUUCU